GGGUACACAAUCUCAUUAGAGGUUCUCUAGCCAAGUUGGUCUUGGCAUAGUGGUUGCUCACUUUGUCUCUUAACCAAUAAGUUGAGGGUUCGAAUGAUCGAAUCCAAACCUUUAGGAACGAAAAUAGAUCAUUAGCCAGCUUAAAUUUAUCUUUAAGUAAAACACGCGUGUAAAAAGGUUAGUCACUGCUGUUGACGGUGGACAAGUUAGUUAUACACACACAGAUAAAACAUCAGAGGUUCUGUUAAUCAAGGAGUAGGACUAUGAGAAGAGAUAAAAAAGAAGCAUGCUCAACCACAAGGAUAUCAAUAACUAGAAUACCUCUCAUUUUAUUUGAAAAAGUACAUUUUUCAAGUCAUACCCUUUUCUCCUCUAUAUUUAUAGUGAGAGCCCCCAUUUGCCAACUCUUCUAGACCCCCCAUCUCUAGUCUCUCCAACAUCAAAACCCACAAAACUUCAUCACCAUAUACUUCCUCAACAUAAAAAAAGCAAGAAACAAAAAGAAAAAGGAUGAACAUAGAAAAGAAGAAAAUGGAUGAGAGCAGAAAAAUAGUAGUGGUAGUAGAAGAAUCGGAAACAGCAAGAACAGCUCUUAGAUGGGCUCUACAAAACCUGGUUCGAUACGGCGACGUAGUGACCCUCCUCCAUUUAUGUCCUUAUUACCCUCCUAGAUCACGUAACAAGAACAAAAUUAGGCUCCUUCGCUUGAAGGGUUAUCAAUUAGCUCUUUCUUUCAAUGACAUUUGUACCUCUUCCUCUUUCAAUACGAAAAUAGAGAUAGUGGUGACAGAAGACGAUGAAGAAGGAGAGAAAAUGGUGGGGUUGGUUAGAGAAAUGGGUGCUUUUGCAUUGGUUCUUGGUCUUCAUGAUCGCAGCUUUUUCUACAGGUUGGCUAUGAGACAUGAUAACAUAACAAAGACAUUAAAUUGCAAAGUUCUUGCAAUCAAACAACCAAUAAGGCCGUCAUCUUCAUCGUCAUCGGCAUCGGCAAACCAGACAAGUUAUACAAAAUCAAAUAAUACAGCAUGCAUCACACAACUCCAAGCUUCACUCACUUUGGACUUUUCUCAAAUCGAAGUUGCUCCUUUGCUAGUCCCAAAUAUCAGCCCACAAAAGAUUCCAUACCAAAUAUGUCCAGACCCAUCUGCAAUUAUAUGGAGAUCCAAGAAGAAUAGGAGGAGAUCACGCAGGAAUUCAUAGUUUAUAUAUGUUCAUGUAUCUACACUUCCUUGUGUUUCAUUUUACUCUUUCUUAUGAGUUUUGGCUCUUUUAUAGCUCAUCUCAUGUAAUUCUUGCUCCUUUUUUUAACCACUUUUACCUAGGGUUGAUGGAGAUUUUUACUGUAUAACUAGUUGUUCUUGCUCUUUCUUUGUUAAUGUACUUGUAACUUGCGAGUACAUAAGCAAAGAAAUAGUGUUGGUUAUACCAUCUAGUCAUUUUUAAGGUACAACUAGUUAUACAUAGAAAACCGUCAGAUUUGAUGUGGCUCUUGGUUUGCUAAUCCAGAAAUUCAACAAAGUAAAGUAGUUGAAAAUUUGUAAUCUUGUUUGUCAUAAAUUAAGACCUCAUUAUUCUUUACGUGCACUGUUAUUA